GCCUCCCCUUUUCCCCUCCAUCGCCGCUUUAAGAGCAAGCCCCGCCCAGGCCCGGCUCGCGGCGCUUCCGGUGUCUCUUAAAGGGGCCGCGAUGGGCGCGGGGCGGGCGCCGCCGCCGCCGCUCUUCCUCCUCCUCCUCCUCAUCCUCGGCCUGUUCGCGGCCGGCGCCGCCGCGCGAUGGGUGGCGACCCCCGAGACGGUGCGCCCCCGCGUGGUGCGCGAGCAGGUGCUGUGGGUCAGCGGGGGCUCGCAGCCGCCGGGGGUCCCGCUCCCCGUUCCCGGCGGGUCCCCGCCGCUGUCGCCGCCCUUCCGGGGGGGCGUGCACACGUUCCGGGUGCCGCUGCUGGCCGCCCCCGCGGGGGGGGCGCUGCUGGCCUGCGCCGAGGGCCGCAAGCGCUCCGCGGCCGACGUGGGCGCCAAGAUCAUCGCGUGCCGCCGCUCCGCCGACGGAGGUGCCACCUGGGGCCCCACGCAGGUGGUGGCCGAUGACGGCUGGGGGGGGGACGGGCUGAGCCUGGGGGCGCUGCUGGCGCCGGGGGGGGGGCAGGAGGUGCUGCUGCUCUUUGCCCGCUGCGCCCACCCCCCCCAGGCCUGCGGACCCCCCGCCACCCUCCUGCUGCGCUCCCCCGACGGGGGGCGCUCCUGGGGACCCCCCCAGAACCUCUCGGACGUGGUGGGGGGCGAGGUGUUCGCCCCCGGGCCCGGCUCCGGCAUCCAG